UUCUGCAACUGGCGUCUGUUCCCACCGACCCAAAGCAAUGUCCUCCAGCAACCCACCCUCGCAUCCCACCGACAGCACCCAGGACAGCACCACCACCAACGACACUCAGCCCAACCUUGCAUCCCAAGCAGCAGCCCUCCACCGCCGAGCACAAUGGCUUCUCGCCCGCAUCGACACGAAGCUGUCCACCUCCCCCAACCCUCCGGCCAAAACCCGGCGCCGGGCCCAAAAUAAGAACGGCAAUGUCACCUCCCAUUCCCCGGACGAAACAAUCGAAGGACUGACAAAGUUCCGGGCCUUAGCCAAGGCUGAGGAGCGGUUCCUUUCCAAGCUUGUCGAAACCCCGUCAACCAUCCGCCCCGCACAUGUCUCGUGCUCCAACAUUCCCUACCUGACCGCCAUCCUGCACCUUAUCACCACCGAAUGCGGGGUCACGCAUGUCUUCCGGAAUGUGCCUUAUCGGGGGGGAAGAGCGGGGAAGAAGGAGGAGACCGCCCGCGUGGAUGUGGUGGCUGAUUGGGGGCGGAGGUGGAUUAAGGUUAAGGCGUCGGCGAGGGUGGAGGGGGAGGUUGGCGGGGAGGAUGAGGAGGACGAAGACACUGACGAUGGGGAUGCGGGCGAUGGGGAUAGUGAGGACGAUGAGGAUGCCCGCUCAGAGGAAGAGACCGAAACGGCGCCGUCACUGUACACCCAAGUCCGCAGCCUCAUCCGUGCGCGCGCGCAGCACUUGGUCCAUUACGAGCCCCCGACCGUCGUGAUGAAGUUCGUAGGGGUGGGCGAGGUCGACGAGCGGAUUGUUGCCGCGUUGAGUGAUAUGGGCGCUGUCGUCGAGGUGGUUCCUGAUCCGCCGGAUGCAGAUCUCUGGGAAGGGGAUUCCAUCCCAUCAGUCACGAAAUCUACCCAACACCCCCACAUCCUCCCAACCCUAAACCUCGACGUCACAACCCUCAUCGCCCUCACAACGGACCUGGUUCACACUCCCGCCAUCCCCUUACCCGCCCUCGACAUCGCCCCCUUGCAACUCCAAGCACACCAAGAACUCCACACCCCCGUCCUCCCGUACCUCCUCGCACUCUUCGAAAACCGCAAGCUGCUAACGACACGGACGGCGCUACGGAAGUUUGUGGAUAUCGUCAAGGUCAUGGCGGGCUCGUGCGAGACCAAGAGGGCGAGGGGGUUGAUUGCGCCUGGAAGUUUCGCAGAUGACAUCAUGGCCGAGCUGGGCCCAUCAGGAACACAUCCACCAGACCGCGUCACAUCUCUUCCGCAGGUGGAAGUGAUCCCCGACACACCGUCCCCGCGCUUCCCCCUCCCCACCGAAACCAACACCCGGCUAACGCAACAACAUAUAGCGGUAUUCGGCACCGGUGACGCCCUCCGCGCGACGACGGUGACUGCGAACGCGUGGGUUGAGCGCGCGUUGGGGCAGGUGGGUGUGGGUGGGUUGAGUGUGGUUGUGAUUGAGCCGAGGAGUUUGGUUGAGGUUAGAGUUGCAAAGUACAUAGAGCGUAGGGGGUCCAAAUCUGAAGAUGCGGGUGGGGACGCGGACCAGGCUGUUGUGGCCGGGUGAUGGGUGCGGGGAUCUCGGGUGGCGUAUUGUAACGGAGGGGAGGUGUAGAUAGGGGCUGUAACGUAGACGUUGUUCAAGCAACUCUGAUGAGCGUCGUGAUUCUUUCACAAUGUAUAUUACAAGCUG